UAAUAAUGUCUGGGCCUCGAAUUAUAGGCAAUUACAUUUGUAACAAUUAAAAAUUAUUGGGAGAAGGACUAAUGUGCACAGUAAUUAAAUAAGUAAUUCAAGGUUUAUGAAGCAAAACAUUGUGAAACUAAUAAAUAUGUGGCAUUAAAAUAAAUUUAAAAAAAGUCAAAACUAGAAAGAAGAUUAACAGCUGAAAAAUUAAAAGAAUCAUAUGAUUUGGAAAUUAAAAUUUUAGAGAAAUGUAAAUAAAAUAAUCAUAAGAAUGUCAUUUAACUUUUAGAUAACUUUGAAACAUAGGAACAUUAUAAUAUAGUUUUAGAAUUAUGUGAUUGUAAUAUAGAAUAACAUAUCUAUUUAAGCAAAUCUUAAAGAAUAUAUAGAGAAAUAAGAAAAUAAAAGAUUAACUGAAAAGGAAGCAGUUGAUAUUUUAAUUUAAAUAGUUGAAGGAGAGAAAUGGUAUUUAUUUAUAUUUAUUUUAUUGUCUUCAUGAAAUAAACUAUUGUCAUAGAGAUAUUAAGCCAGAAAAUAUAUUAGUUAAAGAUGGUUGGAUAAAAAUAACAGAUGUGAAUUUAGCAAAAUAUAUAGAUAAUAUGUUAAUGACAACAUAAUCACUUGUGGGAACUCCUUUUUAUUCAGCACCCGAAGUUAAUAAAAAAUAAAAAUAUUCACCAUACAAAGCUGAUAUAUAUUCAUUAGGGGUUGUCUUCUAUGAAAUGUUAUACGGUUUACUAAAGAAAUAAUAAAAUAAUAUUGAUAUUAAAGAGAAAAUUAAGAAAAGCAAUAUCUAAAUUAAUGAUAUCUUAAAAAAUUUGAUUCUCAAAAUGGUUCAAGAUAAUCCUUAAGAUAGAGCAGAUUGGUUAUAUGUAUCUUCUUGUAUAUACUAAUACGUAAUCAAUACAUAAACUAAUUCUGAUUCAAUUUAAAUUAUUUCAUCAUUCUAUUUUAAUGCUUGGUAAGAAAAAUAUCAAUUUUUGAAACAAAUAAUAUUAGACUUAUGCUUAUUAUAAAUUAAUGAUGCAAACAUAUAUUUAUAUUAAAGUGGACUUUUGAUUAUUAAACUUUUAAUUAAAUAUGUAGAAGAAAAAAUCUUAGAAUUAUAAACUGCAAAAAAAAGCGAUGAGGUUAAACAUUAUAAAGAAGAAUAAAAGUUUCUAUCUGACUAUCGAAACGAAUAUUUGUUUAAUGUUAAGUUCAAAUAUUUUUUAUUUUAUUUAGGACUUGGUACUCUAAUACAAAAAAGGAAAGAAUAUUUUGUCAUUCUAAAGAUUUAGAAGAAGAAUUUAAAUACAUAGAGAGAAGCAAAUAGUUUGAUAAACAUUUUUAGAGAUAUUUAGCUUAUUUUUUCAAUCAGUUGAAUUCUUUAAAUUUCAAAGAUAAUAAAUUGAUGUUCAAAAAGAAAUUGUUAUAACUUAAAUUAUUGAUAGCUUGUGAUCAAAUAAAUGAUUUUGUAAAAUAUAUAUUCUAAAUAUCAGGAAUAAGUGGAAAUAUUAUUAAGUUAAAGUUAGUUAUCAUAAGGGAAAAAUAUUUUAGGCUUUGUGUAAUAUGUUGAGGAUAUCAAGAUGGUAGAAGACUAUCUAAGAGCAUUACAACCUAUAAUAAAUUAAAUCCUUAGUGAUGAAUGAUAG